AUGGAAGUCUUUGAAACGGGCAUGUCGAUCCUCUUCAGCGAGCCCGAGAUCAACGCAGGCAGCCCUGGCGAGCACAUCCAAGUUGCAUUCAGAGGCAUGCCCAAGAUCGGACUCAGGAUCGCCGACAUCAACCCGGCGCACGUCGGACUCUUUGCGCACCAUGUCUGGAAGUCCUCGAUCCUGCUGUCGCAGAUUGUUCUUGAGCAGCGAUACGGCGUCUCUGUGGCCGGGGCCCGCUGUCUUGAGCUCGGCGGCGGGGCCGGCCUCGUCAGCGUCGUCUGCUCUUUGGUCGGGGCCAAGGCCAUCGUCUCGAGCGAAUAUCCCGACGCAUCCAUCAUCGAGGCUUUGGAAAGCAACAUGCAGAGCAACUACCAGGUGGUCGGGCAUUGUUGGGGCUCGCCGACGCAGGCCGACUUUGGCGACGAGCGCUUCGAGAUCAUCCUGAUGGCAGACACGCUGUGGAUCUCGGACCAGCACGACAACCUGAUCAAAGACCUUCAGGCGCUGCUCCAGCCGGGAGGCUACAUCAUUGCGACGGCUGGCCUGCAUACCGGAUACACCGCCGUCGAAUCGUUCUUCCACAAGGCCGAGCAAGCGGGAUUCCAGAUCGAGCGCCUCGACACCGUGCUGGUGCCGAUCGGGAACGAGCUCAACGAGGACCAAGAGUGGGCCCGGACGGCCGAGAUCUCGGAUGCCGUCGAGGAUCGGCGGCGGUUUUUGAUCGUCUUUCGGAUGACAUUUGCCCAAUAG